GUGGGACCCAACAGCAUUCGGGCCUAAGACUCCAUCCUCACUCGUACAAGUUGUGCAUCUGCGGUCACCUGGUCGCUAAUUCUUCUAGUUUUGUUAUUGGAAGCUGGAUCCGGCACAAGGUUUGGGAUUCAGAUUCCUCCCUGGUGCACUCGUUCACUCUAGACAGCCAUGACUCAGGUGAUCGGAGGGAGUCCUAUGCGUUUGUGCGCAGCCUCAUGGCGUUCGCCUGGCUUCGUCAGCAGGACGCAGACGGUGGUAUCAAUAAGCGUGCAGAGGAAUGUGCGACCUGGACGUCUUGUUACUCGUGCCGUGCAGACCGUACAAGUUGACAUCAGCCAGGAGAUUAAGGACAUUGAAGCUGUGGCCGUGAGGCUGGCUAGAGAGGCUGGUGCUCUCAUUCUGGCCAAGUCGGGUCGAGCUACCCAGGUUGAUAGAAAAGCGUCUAGAUCCGACCUCGUGACAGAGGUGGACAAGGCAUGUGAACAUUUAAUCCAGUCUGAAGUGAAGGCUGUCUUCCCCCAACAUCACUGGCUUGGAGAGGAGACGUUCACUGAGGCUCAACUUGACAGGUUAGGAGAUGGUCCAAAGGGAGCUGACUACACAUGGCUUGUGGAUCCCAUCGAUGGCACAUUAAACUUUAUUGGAGGAUUACCAUUCGCCUCAGUCUCAAUAGCAGUGGCUCGAGGAAGCACUCUUCAAGUUGGAGUAGUGUACAAUCCCUUUAUUGAUGAGCUCUUUACCGCCCGAAAAGGCGAAGGUGCGUAUCUUAAUGGCGAGAGUAUCUCUGCAUUACCUCGUGAAACCGAAUUGGAGGAUGCAAUAGUUACCCUCGGUUUCAAUUCUAAGCCUGAAAGGCGCAAACUUAUGCUGCAAGAAAUUAGCAAAGUUGGCCCUCACUGUCGGGCGAUUCGAGCUUUGGGAUCUGCUGCGUUGCACAUAUCCUACAUAGCAGCAGGUCGUGUUGGUUGUUUCUUCGAGCAUGGUCUAAAGCCUUGGGACAUCGCAGCUGCGUGGCUGAUCCUGGAAGAAGCAGGCGGUUAUGUGACCCAAAUGAACGGGGAGCCACUUCCCUUAGUUGGAGGCUCGAUUCUUGCCACCAAUGGAGGAAAAGUCCACGAGCGCAUGAUAGAAAUCUUGAAUUAAAAGUAUAGCACUCAGUAUUCAAUCUUCCAAACAAGGAAAAAAGUAGCACAUCUCUGCAACUAGAUUGUAGAAUAGCUGCCAGAUCGAAGCGUGGAACGAAAAGACGAUACAAUCAAGAGAGCUUCGUCCUUUUGAUACAGUCUUCAGCCUACAGCGAGGAAAUCUCGAAUGUAAACUCAUUCUUUGAUUAUAUAUCAGUAGGGACUUCAGAUACUCAAAUCAGGAGCCCUCUUCGAUAGAUGACCAGUUGAAAGAGAGCUACAGCCAAUUAGGCUUGAGUAGCGGCUGUACGGGAUUGGAUAUGUUUCUGAAGAGUGGAGACUUUUCUCACGAGUAGUGUGUGUCUGCCAUUCCCCUCGAGGACCAUAGACCCUGUUAAUAAAGAAGAGGAAAUUUCAUGCUCCGUG